UCAGUCGCAAAUUGAUGAAUUUAUUUUUUCGGUCGUUGAUGGUUGUGCUGGUGCCUCCUGGGUUGAUUAUUCCAGUGGGUAAUCAUUCAGAUGUUCAUUCGACACCAGCAUUUUGUAAAAAUUGUGUAGUUUUAUGUGUUGUAAAACAGUGAUUGUUUGAUUUCUGGUUAUCAUAGCCAUAACAAUUCUCAAAAUGGCUAGUGUCUCGUAUCAAAUUGCAAAUCUUCUCGAGAAGAUGACAUCUAGCGAUAAAGACUUCAGGUUCAUGGCUACUAAUGACUUGAUGACUGAGUUACAAAAGGACAGCAUCAAACUUGAUGAUGAUUCUGAAAGAAAGGUAGUAAAGAUGCUGUUACGUUUACUGGAAGACAAGAAUGGUGAAGUCCAAAAUUUAGCAGUGAAAUGCCUUGGUCCUCUUGUAAACAAAGUAAAGGAAUAUCAAGUAGAAAGCAUUGUCGAAACUCUCUGUGCUAAUAUGCUCUCAGAUACGGAACAACUACGUGACAUCAGUAGCAUUGGAUUAAAAACUGUAAUUUCAGAGCUUCCUUUAGGCUCUAAUACUUUAGCUGCUAAUGUUUGUAAGAAAAUUACUGGACGACUGAGUAGUGCUAUUGAGAAGCAAGAGGAUGUGUCGGUCCAACUGGAAGCAUUAGACAUCCUAGCUGACCUGUUGAGCAGAUUUGGUGGACUGCUCAUAUCUUUCCAUCCAUUGUUGCUAAACUCCCUACUGCCUCAACUUGCUUCUCCUCGCCAAGCUGUACGUAAACGCACAAUAGUUGCAUUGUCCCACUUGGUCAUGUCCUGUAAUGCAUCUCUGUACAAUAAACUCAUUGAUCAUCUUCUGGAAGGACUGGGAUCCUCUACGUCUUCCAGUGUCAGUCGUACACACAUACAAUGCAUUGCUUCAGUAUGUCGUCAAGCAGGUCAUAGAUUUGGAGAGCAACUGUGGCGUGUCGCUCCACAAGUUCUGGAACAUUCUAACGAUGCUGAUGAGGAGCUGCGUGAGCACUGUCUUCAAGCCCUGGAGGCGUUUGUUUUGAAAUGCCCCAAAGAAGUGCAACCUCAUAUUCCAACGAUUAUUGAUCUAUGCUUGAAAAUGAUCACAUACGAUCCAAACUACAACUAUGAGGAUGAGGAAGAAGAUGGUGGUGGUGAGGAUGAAGAGAUGGAGGAUGAAUCUUUUGCUCCAGACGCUGAACCCGAGUCCGAUUCUGAAGAAUAUUCUGAUGACGAUGACAUGUCUUGGAAGGUGAGACGCGCGGCUGCCAAGUGUUUAGAGUCUGUCAUUGCAACGCGCCAUGAGCUUUUAUCGGAAAUGUAUCAAUCUGUAUCCCCAGCUUUGAUUGCGAGAUUCAAAGAGCGCGAGGAGAAUGUGAAGUGCGACAUCCUGAGCGCUUACACCGCUCUGCUGCGCGCCACGCGGCCCCCGCCCGCGCUGCAGAUGAACAUGGCGCCUGCUGCCGACUCCCCGCAAGCACUGUUGAUCCAGAGGGUUCCCGGCGUAGUGCGUGGCGCCCUGCGCGUGAUUCGCGGGCGCAGCGUGCGCGCUCGAGGCUGCGCGCUAGCCUUGCUGCGUGAACUGCUCGCUGCCGCGCCUGGGUGCCUCGCCGACCACGCCGCUCGCGUCGUGCGCGCUUUGACACCUGCGCUUACCGACAAAAGCACAGCAUCGUCCAUGAAGAUCGAGACGCUGGUUUUCGUUGUGUGCCUGCUCCGCGGGCACGCGGCGGGCGCCAUGCGGGCGCACGUGGCGGCGCUGACGCCGGCGGUGCUGGCGUGCGUGCACGACCCCUUCUACAAGGUCACGGCCGAGGCGCUGCGCGUGCUGCAGACGCUGGUCAAGGUCAUCCGGCCGCUGGAUACUCUGGUGUUCGUGGUGUGCCUGCUGCGGGCGCACGUGGCGGCGCUGACGCCGGCGGUGCUGGCGUGCGUGCACGACCCCUUCUACAAGGUCACGGCCGAGGCGCUGCGCGUGCUGCAGACGCUGGUCAAGGUCAUCCGUCCGCUGGAUAACAUCGAAAUGAUCGAGGGCUCCGACGAGGUCCACGUGGAGCCGCCGCCCGAAGAGCUGCAGCAGUUCAUCCCGGCCAUGUACGAGUGUACUUUAGUGCGUCUGCGCGCCACCGAUAUGGACCAAGAGGUCAAGGAACGCGCCAUCGCUACUUGCGGACAGCUCAUCUGCCACUUUGGGGACUACUUGCAGAACGAACUUCCAGUGUGCCUUCCAAUAUUCUUAGAGCGACUGCGCAACGAAAUCACACGCCUAACUACUGUUAAGGCUCUUACUAAAAUAGCUUCAUCACCUUUACGCAUCGAUUUACGACCUAUUUUGUCUGAUGUGGUGCCAAUCCUUGGCUCUUUCCUGAGAAAGAACCAACGAGCUCUGAAAUUAUCUACCUUGGUGUUGUUGGACACACUAGUCCAAAAUUACAGUAAUGAUAUCAGUAUAGAAUUACUUAGUAAGGUGCUAAUGGAGGUCCCGCCGCUUGUGUGCGAGUCGGAUCUACACUGCGCGCAAACAGCGCUCGCUUUAGUUCGAGGCGCAUGCGUCCGCUGUCCUGCCGCGCUUACGGCCGAUGCCCGCCAGGCGCUCACGCCCAAUAUCCUCGCGCUAGCCAAGUCACCGCUGCUGCAAGGCGGCGCCCUGAAGGCGAUGCUGAGCGUGCUGAGCGCGCUGGUGGCAGCGGACGUGGCGGGCUGCUCGCGCCGCGAGCUGCUGGCGCUGCUGGUGGCGCCCGUGCACCGCGUGCACGACCACAACGCCACCGCGCACCACAUCAAGCAGGUGACGCACAGUAGCGCAGGCGAUGCUGAGCGUGCUGAGCGCGCUGGUGGCGCCCGUGCACCGCGUGCACGACCACAACGCCACCGCGCACCACAUCAAGCAGGUGACGCACAAGUAGCGCAGGCGAUGCUGAGCGUGCUGAGCGCGCUGGUGGCGCCCGUGCACCGCGUGCACGACCACAACGCCACCGCGCACCACAUCAAGCAGGCGUUCCACUCGCUGGCCAAGUGCGUGGCGGCCGUGGUGGUGGCGGGCGGGCAGGCGGAGGCGCUGGAGGUGGUGCGCGGCUUCCUGCGCGACGCCGCGCACCCGCCCAGCGACCCUACACAUAUGUUUGCACUGCUCGCACUCGCUGAGAUUGGGCGGCACUUAGAUCUAAGCUCGAUCCCGAACCUGAAGGAGGUGCUGCUGAACUCGUUCACUCCCUCCUCCGAGGAGGUGAAGUCCGCCGCGAGCUACGCGCUGGGCUCGGUGGCGGUGGGCAACCUGCCCGAGUUCCUGCCCUUCAUCCUGCGCGAGAUCGAGGCGCAGCCCAAGCGGCAGUACCUCCUGCUGCACUCGCUGAGAGAGAUAAUUUCAUGUGAAUCUUGCACACCUGAAGGUGUAGAAGCGCUUAGACCAUUUAUCCCUGAAAUCUGGGUGCAACUAUCUAAACAUUGUCAAUGUGCCGAAGAGGGAUCCCGGAAUGUUGUUGCCGAAUGCUUAGGAAAAUUAUGCUUGUUAGAACCCCAAGACUUAUUGCCGCAUUUGAAAGAGUUCCUAAAAUCGCCCGAGCCACUGACUAGAACAACCGCUGUAACUGCCGUCAAAUUCACUAUCUCGGAUCAGCCGCAAGCCAUCGACCCUUUGCUCCGCGCGUGCAUGGCCGAGCUGUUAGUGCCGCUGCGCGACCCGGCGCUGGGCGUGCGGCGCGUGGCGCUGGUGGCCUUCAACUCCGCCGCGCACAACAAGCCCUCGCUCAUCCGCGACCUGCUGCCCAGCGUGCUGCCCACCAUCUACAGCGAGACCAAAGUCAAGAAAGAGCUCAUCCGCGAAGUAGAAAUGGGUCCAUUCAAGCACUCGGUCGACGACGGUCUGGACUUACGCAAGGCAGCCUUCGAGUGCAUGUACACACUGCUCGGCAGCUGCCUGGACCGCCUCGACGUGUUCGAGUUCCUGCGCCACGUGGAGGACGGCCUGCGCGACCACUACGACAUCAAGAUGCUCACCUACCUCAUGUGCGCGCGGCUGGCUCAGCUGUGCCCCGCUGUCGUGCUGCAGAGGCUAGAAAGCUUAGUGGAGCCUCUUAGGGCGACGUGCACGAUGAAGGUGAAGGCCAACUCGGUGAAGCAGGAGUACGAGAAGCAGGACGAGCUCAAGCGCUCCGCACUGCGGGCGGCCGCGGCGCUGCUGCAGAUACCCGAAGCCGAAAAGAACCCUCACCUGAUGGACUUCGUGACGCAGAUCAAGUCGUUCCCGGACCUGCAGCCCAUCUUCGAGGCGAUCCUGAAGGACGCCAGCGGCGGCGGCGUGGACGCCAACCUCAUGGACCAGAGCUAGCGCUAGCCGCGCGCGCACCUCCUACGCCUCCUCACAUUUACUUUAGUUUAUUUCGUUGUUUGGUUUCUAUACGAACCGGUACUCACUCAUCUGGCUUAUAUUGUAAAAACAUUCGAAAUAGACAGAUGAUACAACAUU